AUGUCAUUGUUUUGGUGUAGUAACAUUUGUUUUUCUUUGUGCCUUGCUAAAGUGACGUCAAAGCCCUCGACAGUGAACUGGUUGGAUCUUCCGUCAGAUGUAAUGGCGAAUAUACUCUCUAGAAUCGGUGUGUUUGACAUACUAGAGAAUGCCCAAAAAGUGUGCACUACUUGGCAUCAAAUCUGUAAGGAGCCCUCUAUGUGGAGGGCUGUUUCAAUGGAUAAUUCACGUCCACCGAGAAGAAAGUCUGUAUGUCGAAAGAUUUUUAAGCAAGUUGUGGAUAGAAGCCAAGGCCAGAUGGUUGAUGUCUCUAUGAAAGCCUUUUGCGAUCAAGACCUUCUUCUGUAUAUUGUUGAUAGAUCCAAACAGCAUAGACGUCUAGAAAUUAUUUAUUCUCUUGGUGAAUUGAAUGAAGUCUGGGGUGAAUGUUUGAAGAAAUUAUCAUCAUUGGAGGAACUCAGCCUUUGUAGAACACACUUCUCGCCUGCAAAUAUUGAAGCUGCUGGCCGCUUCUGUCCCCUGCUAAAAACACUCAAAGUUAAUUAUUAUUAUGUUGGUGAUGAUGAUGAGUUGGCUGCAGCAAUUGGGAAAAACCUACCUGAGUUAAGGCACCUUGAGUUAAUUGGUGACGGGAUAACGGAUGUUGGGUUAGAGGCGAUUCUAGAUGGUUGUCGUCACCUUGAAUCCCUUGACUUGCGUCGGUGUAUCUGGAUUGAUUUUGAAGGGGACCUUGGAAAAAGAUGUUCAGAACAGAUCAAACAUCUAAAGCUUCCUGGUGAUUCUCUUGAACACUAUCAACAUCUUGAAGUGCCGGUUGAAGUUAUUUCUGAGGCUGAGGAUUAUGGUGGUUGUCAAUGUUGUCGAUGUAUGGAAUCUGAUUCUGAUUCUGAUUACUAA